GAUACUCAGUCCACCAAUGUCUAUCCAGAUGACAAUGUCUCAGUGUUGAUGGAUGACACCUCCAGCCAAUCAUCAGCGGCGGCUGACAGUGAGGAGGAAAGGAAGAGUGCCUUAGAGAAGAGCAUGUAAAUGGUUCACCUUUAAUUACACAACACUGCCCUUACUACACCUUACUCUAAAACUGACCAAAGUUUGAUGUACAACACAGCAUUUCCAUAAGCAUCAUGUAUGGCUACAUACAAUGAGAGUCACUGUGUAGACGUAUCUUAAAGGGGCAAUCUGCAGUUCAAACAAUUACAAAUGCCUUCACCACACCACUGUUUUGGUGAAUAGCUGAGGAAUGGGACUGGUGAAAUGAGCUAUGGAUGCAAGGACUGAGCAUCAAUUAUAUCAAAAUGAUAGUUUUAACCAUGUUUUGAGGCUAUACAGUGUUUGUUUACAAUUAUAGUGUUGGAGUGAAACAAGCUUAUAUUUUGGGGUUUGAUGGGGAAAGACAGUUGAACUAACCUCAUUAAAUAUUUACAAGUUAUAUUAUAGACGGGUUGAUUGUUUAGCAAAACAACUGACACGUGCGCAACUACAGGGCAAAACAGAUGGGUUGGCUUAGACUGUUGACAUAUAUAUAUAUAUACAGUAUGGAGAACAAGUAUUUGAUACAUUGCCGAUUUUGCAGGUUUUCCUACUUACAAAGCAUGUAGAGGUCUGUAAUUUUUAUCAUAGGUACACUUCAACUGUGAGAGAUGGAAUCUAAAACAAAAAUCCAGAAAAUCACAUUGUAUGAUUUUUAAGUAAUUAAUUUGCAUUUUAUUGCAUGACAUAAGUAUUUGAUACAUCAGAAAAGCAGAACUUAAUAUUUGGUACAGAAACCUUUGUUUGCAAUUACAGAGAUCAUACGUUUCCUGCAGGUCUUGACCAGGUUUGCACACACUGCAGCAGGGAUUUUGGCCUACUCCUCCAUACAGACCUUCUCCAGAUCUUUCAGGUUUCGGGGUGCUGUCGCUGGGCAAUACGGACUUUCAGCUCCCUCCAAAGAUUUUCUAUUGGGUUCAGGUCUGGAGACUGGCUAGGCCACUCCAGGACCUUGAGAUGCUUCUUACGGAGCCACUCCUUAGUUGCCCUGGCUGUGUGUUUCGGGUCGUUGUCAUGCUGGAAGACCCAGCCACGACCCAUCUUCAAUGCUCUUACUGAGGGAAGGAGGUUGUUGGCCAAGAUCUCGCGAUACAUGGCCCCAUCCAUCCUCCCCUCAAUACGGUGCAGUCGUCCUGUCAACUUUGCAGAAAAUCAUCCCCAAGGAAUGAUGUUUCCACCUCCAUGCUUCACGGUUGGGAUGGUGUUCUUGGGGAUGUACUCAUCCUUCUUCUUCCUCCAAACACGGCGAGUGGAGUUUAGACCAAAAAGCUCUAUUUUUGUCUCAUCAGACCACAUGACCUUCUCCCAUUCCUCCUCUGGAUCAUCCAGAUGGUCAUUGGCAAACUUCAGACGGGCCUGGACAUGUGCUGGCUUGAGCAGGGGGACCUUGCGUGCGCUGCAGGAUUUUAAUCCAUGACGGCGUAGUGUGCUACUAAUGGUUUUCUUUGAGACUGUGGUCCCAGCUCUCUUCAGGUCAUUGACCAGGUCCUGCCGUGUAGUUCUGGGCUGAUCCCUCACCUUCCUCAUGAUCAUUGAUGCCCCAAGAGGUGAGAUCUUGCAUGGAGCCCCAGACCGAGGGUGAUUGACCGUCAUCUUGAACUUCUUCCAUUUUCUAAUAAUUGCGCCAACAGUUGUUGCCUUCUCACCAAGCUGCUUGCCUAUUGUCCUGUAGCCCAUCCCAGCCUUGUGCAGGUCUACAAUUUUAUCCCUGAUGUCCUUACACAGCUCUCUGGUCUUGGCCAUUGUGGAGAGGUUGGAGUCUGUUUGAUUGAGUGUGUGGACAGGUGUCUCUUAUACAGGUAACGAGUUCAAACAGGUGCAGUUAAUACAGGUAAUGAGUGGAGAACAGGAGGGCUUCUUAAAGAAAAACUAACAGGUCUGUGAGAGCCGUAAUUCUUACAGGUUGGUAGGUGAUCAAAUACUUAUGUCAUGCAAUAAAAUGCAAAUGAAUUACUUAAAAAAUCAUACAAUGUGAUUUUCUGGAUUUUUGUUUUAGAUUCUGUCUCUCACAGUUGAAGUGUACCUAUGAUAAAAAUUACAGACCUCUACAUGCUUUGUAAGUAGGAAAACCUGCAAAAUCGGCAGUGUAUCAAAUACUUGUUCUCCCCACUGUAAUUAAUUUAAAAGUCAAUAAAUUGAUGUAACAACUGCAGAUUGCCCCUUCAAGGUGACAAGACUGUUUGGAAAGACUUUGUAUUGAUGGGGGUGACCAACAGUCAGUAUCAUCUCUCUGUCCAGGUAUGUACUGAAGGAACUCAUAGAGACAGAGAAACUGUACGUGGAGGACCUGGGGCUCAUAGUAGAGGUGAGAGUACAGUAUUAUAACCAUAUCCAAUGACAGCAAUAUCAACAGCAGCAGAAGAAACCACCGUUCUACUGCUGGAGUUUGAAAUCUAUCAACUUUUGUAUCAACCAAGGCAUAAGAAGAACCGGCACCCACUUAUUCAAUUACUUGAUCUGAAAAUCCUUGCCAUCACAACACCUUCACUUUCUUUCAAAACAUCUCGGUCUGCCUCCAAAAACAGAAAUUUUUUUUUUAUUGGGGUGAUUUUAUUAAUAUAUAUAUUAGUAUCAUGUUUCAAAACUAUUAAUCUGACAGAGGAUGAUAUAUUGUAGGUGAACAAAUGUAAGACUUCAGAAAGUUAAUUUUGGCCCAGUGUUGCUAUAGCAACAUAAUAGCGACAUGCCUAUGUUUGUAAAGCUUUUCUAAGUCAGAAAUAGUUGUUUUACAGGUAGGUAUGUACAGUAUAUAUGACGAUAAUACAUAGGUUUUAGCUCAACGGGUUAACAUAGUCUUGUUGUGUGCAGGAGACCUGGGUUUGAAUCCCAGUAUGUCCAGUAUAUGAGAUCUGAGGUUGGGUGUGUGUUUCCUCUACAGGGCUACAUGGCCACUAUGACUAUUAAAGGUAUACCAGACGACAUGAAGGGAAAAGACAAGAUCGUGUUUGGAAACAUUCAUCAAAUGUUCGACUGGCAUAAAGAGUGAGUAUCGGAGAUACUGUACAGUGCGCAUGGUAUGUGCGCAUAGUGCGUGUGCGUGUGUGUGCGCGUGGUGUGUGUGUAACCUGUCUCUCUCUCUCUAGCUACUUCCUGGGCGAGCUGGAGAAGUGUAUAGAAGAACCAGAGAGACUGGCCCAACUUUUCAUAAAGCAUGUGAGUGGACACACACACGGACACACACACACACACACACACACACACACACACACACACACACACACACACACGGACACGGAAACAAGGACACACACACACAGACACAUAGUGUAGGUGUUUCCUGUGUCCAUUUGGUGUCAGUUGGGGUAAAUAGCUGUAAGGAAACACAUGAAAAGCUCCUGUAUCUCCACCAAUGUGCCGUGCACCUCUCUUUAUUACAGCUGCUAGCAUUCUCCCCCUCACUUGUACCCCCACACACGCACUCACUCGCACCCUCACACACACACACACAACACACGUUUCCCCUUCCACUUCCUUGUUAUUGAUAGCAAGGGUCUCAGACCUGCCUGUGUUUUGCUAGCCACAGACAGGCUUGCUAGCUUCCUGACCAGCCCAGACAGGACCGGUCGGUCAGGAAGUGUGUGUGUGUGUGUGUGUGUGUGUGUGUGUGUGUGUGUGUGUGUGUGUGUGUGUGUGUGUGUGUGGUGUGUGUGUGUGUGUGUGUGUGCGUGUGUGCGUGUGUGUGUGUGUGUGUGGCUGGACCGAGCAGUCAGGAAGCAUGCGGAGAAAAACAGCUGCAGUCUGAAGGAACAAGCCACAUGAAUAAGAAUCAGUAAUAAUAAACACCUGACUAGACUCUUUGAUGUGGAGGCUAUUUUCCACCAGCCCUAAAGACGAUUAUUUCUGCCCAUGUACUGUUUCUGGUCGAUAAGCUGUUGAUCAACAGAGAUUUUUUUUGUGAGCGGUCCCAAAUAUACUGAACAAAAAUAUAAACGCAACACGUAAAGUAUUGGUCCCAUGUUCCAUUACCUGAAAUAAAAGAUCCCAGAAAUGUUCCAUACACACAUAAAGCUUAUUUAUCAAAUUUCUUUACAUCCCUGUUAGCGAGCAUUUCUCCUUUGCCAAGAUAAUCCAUCCACCUGAGAGAUGUGGCAUAUCAAGAAGAUGAUUAAACAGUAUGAUCAUUACACAGGUGCAACUUGUGCUGGGGAGUUUUGUCACAUAACAUGCCAGAGAUGUCUCAAGUUUUGAGGUAGUGUGCAAUUGGUAUGCUGACUGCAGGAAUGUCCACCAGAGCUGUUGCCAGAGAAUUGAAAGUUAAUUUCUCUACCAUAAGCCGCCUCCGUCGUUUUAGUGAAUUUGGCAGUAUGUCCAACCGGCCUCACAACCGCAGACCAUGUUGUGUGGGUUGUGUGGGCGAGCGGUUUGCUGAUGUCAACAUUGUGAACCGAGUGCCCCAUGGUGGCAGUGGCGUUAUGGUAUGAGCAGGAAUAAGCUACGGACAAUGAACACAAUUGCAUUUGAACCGUUGGCAAUUUAAAUGCACAGAGAUACCGUGACGAGAUCCUGAGGCCCAUUGUCAGGCUAUUCAUCUGCUGCCAUCACCUCAUGUUUCAGCAUGAUAAUGCACAGCCCCAUGUAGCAAGGAUGUGUACACAAUUCCUGGAAGCUGAAAAUGUCCCAGUUCUUCAAUGGCCUGCAUACUCACCAAACAUGUCACCUAUUGAGCAUGUUUGGGAUGCUCUGGAUCGAAGUGUACAACAGCAUGUUCCAGUUCCCGACAAUAUCCAGCAACUUUGCAAAGCCAUUGAAGAGGAGUGGGACAACAUUCCACAGGCCACAAUCAACAGCUUGAUCAACUCUAUGUGAAGGAGAUGUGUCGCGCUGCAAGAGGCAAAUGUUGGUCACACCAGAUACUGACUGGUUUUCUGAUCAACAUCCCUACCUCUUUUUUAAAGGUAUCUGUGACUAACAGAUGCAUAUCUGUAUUCUGAAAUGAUUCUGAAAAUCUGAAAUCCAUAGAUUAGGGCCUAAUUUAUUUAUUUCAAUUGACUGAUUUCUCUAUAUGAACUGUAACUCAGUCAAAUCUUUGAAAUUAUUGCAUUUAUAUUUUUGUUCAGUAUACAUACAAGACCGUAAAUACACAACUUGAAGUAACCACAUAUUUAGCACCCCCACAAUUCUUUUAACAUUUACGUCAUUUAGCAGACGCUCUUAUCCAGAACGACUUACAGUAGCAAUUAAUACCUUGUUCAAGGGCUCAUCGACAGAUUUUUCCCCUAGUCGGCUCGGGGAUUCAAACCAGCAACCUUUCGGUUACUGGCCCAACACUCUUAACUGCUAGGCUACCUGCCGCCCACACACACUCAUACACAAACAAAACAGCUGAUUUCUAUCCCUGGCACUACCAGAGCUUGCCCUCGCCAUAUAGUACUGACCUGUUCACAACAACACAUGGACUGCAGCGUUUCAUCCUCACAGCUCCCUAGCCCCCGGCCCAUAGACAUCCUAUAACUCCCCUGCCUGCCUGCUCAGGUGCUGGUCUGGUCUCCAGGCUAUAGAGCUAAAGAGCUUCAGAUGAAUUGCAAGGUUGAAGGUAGAGUUAGGCUGCUCUGCUGUCAAAGGCUCUGGUUUCGUGGAGGAUAGCAGGACAGCAUUGUGGGUAAAUUAUACAUAACCUGCUGUUUAUUCACAGGUAACUCCAUUACUGCUUAUAGACACACAGACACACACACACACAGACGCACACACACACAGACACACACACACACACUAGGUGUGUUACCACUCCCAGGUUUACCACAGCUGUUCUUCUUUCAUCUGACAAUUAGUCACACUAGACUGGACCAGAGGAGGAGAGAGAAGAGAACGAAGAGAGAGAGGGGCAACUUCAAAGUCUUGCUUAAAGACAAAUAAUAGUUUAUUUGUUCUGUUCAUUCCUUUUAAUGGGUAAUGGCUCAGAGAAAGACGUCAUCACACAUUGAUAUUUGUAGAUUCCAGAUACAUUUUCGCCAGUCAAACAGACAUAUGAAUUUGUGCUAAAAGAGAGAGUUAUGUUUUGUCUAAUAAGGUUGACUCCAUUGUGAAGUUUUGUUACCUUCCAUUUUUUAACCCCCUCGUUUUGCAAACCCUUCGUUUUGUAACUGUAGCGAUGGGAUGGACGUAGUCAGGCGCAGGAGUGUGAAGAAGGAAUAUGCUUUAUUCAGCCCAAUAAGGUAGUCCGCAACAAUGCGUGAAACACGAUCCAAGUGCAACUUCAAUGCGUACUGGGAACCAAACAUACACAGGUAAAUAUUCCCGGCGAUAAAAUAACAAAAAUGCUCAACCGAGCGAUACCUCCACAAAGUAACAAUAACACACAAGGACAUGGGGAGCAGAGGGAAUACUUAUACAGAGACUGAUGAGGGGAUACAGUGAGGGAAAAAAAUAUUUGAUCCCCUGCUAAUUUUGUACGUUUGCCCACUGACAAAGAAAUGAUCAGUCUAUAAUUUUAAUGGUAGGUUUAUUUGAACAGUGAGAGACAGAAUAACAACAACAAAAUCCAGAGAAACGCAUGUCAAAAAAGUUAUAAAUUGAUUUGAAUUUUAAUGAGGGAAAUAAGUAUUUGACCCCCUCUCAAUCAGAAAGAUUUCUGGCUCCCAGGUGUCUUUUAUACAGGUAACGAGCUGAGAUUAGGAGCACACUCUUAAAGGGAGUGCUCCUAAUCUCAGUUUGUUACCUGUAUAAAAGACACCUGUCCACAGAAGCAAUCAAUCAAUCAGAUUCCAAACUCUCCACCAUGGCCAAGACCAAAGAGCUCUCCAAGGAUGUCAGGGACAAGAUUGUAAACCUACAAAAGGCUGGAAUGGGCUACAAGACCAUCGCCAAGCAGCUUGGUGAGAAGGUGACAACAGUUGGUGCGAUUAUUCGCAAAUGGAAGAAACACAAAAGACCUGUCAAUCUCCCUCGGCCUGGGGCUCCAUGCAAGAUCUCACCUCGUGGAAUUGCAAUGAUCAUGAGAAUGGUGAGGAAUCAGCCCAGAACUACACUGGAGGAUCUUGUCAAUGAUCUCAAGGCAGCUGGGACCAUAGUCACCAAGAAAACAAUUGGUAACACACUACGCCGUGAAGGACUGAAAUCCUGCAGCACCCUCAAGGUCCCCCUGCUCAAGAAAGCACAUAAACAGGCCCGUCUGAAGUUUGCCAAUGAACAUCUGAAUGAUUCAGAGGAGAACUGGGUGAAAGUGUUGUGGUCAGAUGAGACCAAAAUCGAGCUCUUUGGCAUCAACUCAACUCGCCGUGUUUGGAGGAGGAGGAAUGCUGCCUAUGACCCCAAGAACACCAUCCCCACCGUCAAACAUGGAGGUGGAAACAUUAUGCUUUGGGGGUGUUUUUCUGCUAAGGGGCAGGACAAUUUCACUGCAUCAAAGGGACGAUGGAUGGGGCCAUGUACCGUCAAAUCUUGGGUGAGAACCUCCUUCCCUCAGCCAGGGCAUUGAAAAUGGGUCGUGGAUGGGUAUUCCAGCAUGACAAUGACCCAAAACACACGGCCAAGGCAACAAAGGAGUGGCUCAAGAAGAAGCACAUUAAGGUCCUGGAGUGGCCUAGCCAGUCUCCAGAUCUUAAUCCCAUAGAAAAUCUGUAGAGGGAGCUGAAGGUUUGAGUUGCCAAACGUCAGGCUCGAAACCUUAAUCACUUGGAGAAGAUCUGCAAAGAGGAGUGGGACAAAAUCCCUCCUGAGAUGUGUGCAAACCUGGUGGCCAACUACAAGAAGCGUCUGACCUCUGUGAUUGCCAACAAGGGUUUUACCACCAAGUACUAAGUAAUGUUUUGCACAGGGGUCAAAUACUUAUUUCCCUCAUUAAAAUGCAAAUCAAUUCAUAACAUUUUUGACAUGCGUUUUUCUGGAACUUUUUGUUGUUAUUCUGUCUCUCACUGUUCAAAUAAACCUACCAUUAAAAUUAUAGACUGAUCAUGUUUUUGUCAGUGGGCAAACGUACAAAAUCAGCAAGGGAUCAAAUACUUUUUUCCCUCACUGUAUGUACCAGGUGUGUGUGAAAACAAGACAAAACAAAUGGAAUGAUGAACAGAGGAGCGACAGUGGCUAGAAGGCCAGUGACGAUGAAUGCCGAAGCCUGCCCAAACAAGGAGAGAAGGCAGCCUCGGAGGGAUCCGACUUUUGGCGAAGCACAGCACGCAGGAGGUGGACGUGGGCGGCGUUCCACCACAGGAGUUCUGCUCUGCCGGGCUGAGCUUCUUAGAGAAGAAGGUACAAGGGCGGAGCUUGGGUGGCGUGCCCGAGCGUUGAGAUAGGACAGCACCUAUCCCUACCUCGGACGCAUCCACCUCCAUUACGAACAGUAAUGAUGGAUCGGAAUGGGCCAGUACCGGGGCUGAGGUGCACUUUGCCUUCAGGUUACUGAAAGCGUUGUCAGCCUCAGCAGACCAGCGGAGCCGAGACGGCCCACCCUUCAACAGAGAGGUGAUGGGAGCUGCGACCUUGCCAAAGCCCCAGAUAAACCUCUGAUAGUAAUUGGCAAAGCCAAUAAAGCGCUGCACCUCCUUCACCGUGGUGGGAGUCUGCCAAUUCCGCACGGCAGAGAUGCGGUCUCCCUCCAUCUCCACACCUGAGGUGAUGAUGUGGUAUCCAAGGAAGGAGACAGAUUGCUGGAAGAACAGACAUUUCUCUGCCUUGGCGUACAGGUCAUGCUCCAACAGUCGCCCAAGCACUCUAAGAACCAGGGACACAUGCUCUGCACGCGUAGCUGAAUACACCAGGAUGUCAUCGAUGUAGACCACCACACCACGACCAAACAUGUCACGAAACACCUCAUUCACAAAGGACUGGAAAACUAAUGGAGCAUUCAUCUACCCGUACGGCAUCACCAGGUAUUCAUAAUGCCCCUUGGUUGUGCUAAAUGCUCUCUUCCAUUCGUCCCCUUCCCGGACCCGCACCAGGUUGUACGCACUCCUGAGAUCUAAUUUCAUGAAGAAGCGCGCCCCAUGCAUUGACUCGAUUACAGAUGGAAUGAGGGGUAGAGGAUAACUAUAGCGAAUUGUCCCCUUGUUAAGUGUUCGGUAAUUACAUUUACAUUUACAUUUUAGUCAUUUAGCAGACGCUCUUAUCCAGAGUGACUUACAGUUAGUGAGUGCAUACAUUUUUCAUACUAUAUAGGGGUAAGGUGGGUCUCUUCUCUUCUCUUCUUCUAAUUCUUAUUCUCUUCUCUUCUUCAAUUUCAGAUUAGAUUGAAUGUAGAAACUUCAAUAAAAGUUAGAAACAAAACAAUACAAUUUGACUGUUGUUAGCUACAUGGCUUCUCUUUCCCCAGGUAGUGAAUUGCAUAACCCAGUGUUUCCCAAACAGUUAGUGAGUGCAUACAUUUUCAUACUGUAUAGGGGUAAGGUGACUAGGCAAAAGGAUAUAAGAUAAAAAGAGUAGCAGCAGCUUGUAUGUGAGUCGGUGUGCGUGUGUGUAGAGUCAGUAUAAAUGUAUGUCAGUGGAGGCUCCUUAGAGGAGGAAGGGGAGGACCAUCCUCCUCAGUGAAUUUCAUAAAACUAAAAAUAGUGAAACAUAAAAAAAGCACUUUACUAAAUAUAUUAAUGUCACCAAAUAAUUGAUUAAAACACACUAUUUUGCAAUGAAGGUCUACAGUAGCCUCAACAGCACUCUGUAGGGUAGCACCAUGGUGUAGCCGAAGGACAGUUAGCUUCCGUCCUCCUCUGGGUACAUUGACUUCAAUGCAAAACCUAGGAGGCUCAUGGUUCUCACCCCCUUCCAUAGACUUACACAGUAAUUAUGACAACUUCCGGAGGACGUCCUCCAACCUAUCAGAGCUCUUGCAGCAUGAACUGACAUGUAGUCCACCCAAUCAAAGGAUCAGAGAAUGAAUCUAGUAGUGAAAACAUAUGCUACAGCUAGCUAGCACAGCAGUGUGUAAAAUGUGGUGAGUAGUUGACUGAAAGAGAGAGAAAGAAAUUGAAAUUAGUUUAUUCAAAAAUCAAGGAGAAGCGAGAGAGAGAGAGAUAUUUCAAUGCAAGGGCACAGACCCCCAUCUUUCUUCUUCACGAAAAAGAACCCCCUCAUGGGAUGAAUCAUUCAGCUUUUACAAAAGUGUUUUCCUCUAGUUUGUGGGCCUAUCUGGAAUCUAAAGCUGUUAUUAACUGCAUUACAUAUUUAAGCAAUAAGGCCUGAGGAGGUGUGGUAUAUGGCCAAUAUACCAUGGCUAAGGGCUGUUCUUAUGCACGACGCAACACAGAGUGCCUGGACACACCCCUUAGCCGUUGUGACGAGUACUGAGGAUACGAAGAGGCAGGACGCAGACGCAGGAAUCAACAAUGUAAAGGUUUACUUAACACUGAGCAAGAGAACAACAAAGAUCGAGUACAUGACAAGACACUAACAAUCACAAACAACACAACACUCAACAGUCCAGGGCUAUAUAGAGGUGGUGAUGAGGUGCAGGUGCGCUGGAGGUGAUUAGGGUGCGUUGGGUUUCCAUUCCGGUGUUGCCGAGGUGGUGAGCUCAGACCGGUGGCUCAGUAGACCGGCGAAUCAGAGCGCCGGAGGGGAGCAAUGGGAGGAGAUGUGACAGCCGUGGUAUAUUGACCAUAUAUCACAAACCCCGGAGGAGCCUUAUUGCUAUUAUAAACUGGUUACCAACGUAAUUAGAGCAGUUUAAAUAAAUGUUUUUUUCAUACCCGUGGUAUACCAUGGCUUUCAGCCAAUCGGAAUUCAGGGCUCGAACCACCCAGUUUAUAAUCACAGUUUUGUAACACAAUAAACGUCUACUUCUAGGGGUUUCUGUUUUGAAAGUAUUUUGAAUCUAGUUCAAUAUGUUCAAAGCAGUUAUGGAUAGUACUGUGUACAGUACUGUUUAUUUUCUGAUAUGAUAAAUUGCUAUAAAGUUGACUGUCUGUGUGUGUGUUUGUCUUACAGGAGAGGCGUCUCCACAUGUACGUGGUGUAUUGCCAGAAUAAACCCAAGUCGGAACACAUCGUCUCCGAGUACAUCGAGACCUACUUCCAGGUUAGUAUCUCUUAGCAAACAUACAGCUAAGUCCACCAUACAUCACUGUUAUCUUACUGAAUCUCUCGUUUGAAAAUACAAUUCAGUUUCAUUAGACUCCCUUUGCUGGAAUGUUAUUUCCUAUUGUGGUAAUGACAUGUUUGGUCACGUUGAUUGGUGGUUGUAGUAAUGUAACAUGUCACAUUGAUAGGCUGUGGGAAUAAUGCUGUGCUUUGUUGAUGUGGUUAUGUGAAGGUAAUAACAUGUCAUAUUGAUGGGUGGUUGUGACAAUGAGUCUGUAUGUUACAUGAAGACAAGUCAUAUUGAUAAUAUAUGGUUGAGGUAAUGAGUCUGUAUGUCACAUGAAGACAAGUCAUAUUGAUAAUAUAUGGUUGAGGUAAUGAGUCUGUAUGUAUCCCAAACCAUGUCAUAAUGCUAUGCCAUAUAAUAAAGUAUGUAAUUAUGCCAUAUUGGAUGUUGUAGGAAAGCAAUGUUAUGGUUGGUCAUAUUAAUGACAUUUUGAGUUAUAUCAUAUUGAUAUACACUGAAUGAACACAACAUUAAGAACAACUUACUAAUAUUGAGUUGCACCCCCCCCCCCCCCCCCUAUCAGGAGCUAAGGCAACAUCUGGGUCACAGAUUACAACUCAACGACCUGCUGAUCAAACCAGUCCAGAGGAUCAUGAAGUACCAACUGCUGCUCAAGGUGACACACACACACGUAUACACACGUAUAGUAUACACACACACACACAAGCACGUACACACAAGAACGUACACAUGCGCGCACGCAUUUAGACAGACACAAACGCAUGCACACGUUGACAUACACACACACACACACACACACACACACACACACACACACAUACGGACGGAUGAAUGUAAGCGCACACACAUAUACAUGGAUAUACGACACACUGACACACACACAAGUGCAGACACACACAGACACACAGACACAAAAUGGCGAAGAGGCAUUUUAUUUAGACCUCUUUUGGAAAUAAAUACUGGCCGUAACGGGAGUAAAUUAACAUAGUUGCUCAGCGAAACCCCAUAUUUGGUGCGUAACAAACGUAUUUUGACAUCAUAACGCUUGCAGAGCUGUGUAAUGGGAGUUUGAAUUGGAACUUCCUGGACGUUAGAGAGGAGACACGUCAUACUCAUCGUUAAAGCACAGAUACUGGGGCAAUGAACAUGGUCAUAAAACUAUCACCUAGUGCCAAGCUUGUACUCUCUCUGGUAUUCAAAUUGAUCUGGGAAACUAAAAAAGCAUCAUCCAGAUGUCCUCACCUUACAUAACAUUGACUGGAAUGGUUCUGACUCUAUGCUGUGUUUAUGUGAACAGGACUUCCUCAAGUAUUACACCAAAGCUGGGAUGGACACAGAAGAGCUGGAGGUGGGUGUUGUUCUGAUACAGCUUAUGAUAUUAUUACACUGUUUCUACAAUGCAUCUACUAUGUAAGUUCUCUAGGAACAGGCGAAUACUAGAGCAUGUGAGGCUCUGUGUUAUUUUGUUGAGUUGAAGGGUUCUCUCUAGUCAAACAACCUGUAUUCAAGAUUUGCUAGUUUUAAGGAUCUCUCUCUCUCUCUCUCUCUCUCUCUCUCUCUCUCUCUCUCUCUCUCUCUCUCUCUCUCUCUAUCUCUCUCUAUCUCUUCUCUCUCUCGCUCUCUCUCUCUCUCUCUCUCUAUCCUCUCUCUCUCUCUCUCUCUCUCUCUCUCUCUCAUACAACACACACACACACAGAAAGCGGUAGAGGUGAUGUGCUUUGUGCCCAAACGCUGUAAUGACAUGAUGAACGUGGGACGCCUGCAGGGCUUUGAGGUAAGGCACUGGAACUUAGGCCUCAAUUUAAUCCAUAUCGUGGAACUUCAGUACCAUUGAAAUAUAAAGGCAAUGUUUCCUAGUUCGCAAAGACUGCAGUCACGUUAAACGCUGCAUAUGUCAGCUCAAUUGGAAAUUAUCUUCACAUUUCUAUAGCGCUGAACUUCCGUGGCAAUAAUUGAAUCGAGCCCUAGGUCCCUCUUUCAAAUACUCCACAUUCCUAGUUCUCAUAAGUUAUGUAAUGCACUGUAAGCCAGUCUUUCCCAAACCUCUCCUCAAGUAACCCCAGGCCCAGCCAGUCGAUUUAUUUGAUGUACUCCAGAACUAGAACUGUUGAUUCAACUAAUGAGGGGUUUAGUGAUUAGGUGAUCAUUUGAAUCAGGUCUGCUAGUUCUGGAAAACAUAAAGUAACUGGCCGGGGGCUCGAGCAGAGGUUUGCAAAAACACUGCUGCAUGCCAUAAUUAAGCCAUAUAAUAAACCCCUAUCCUCUAUUCAUCCUGUGUCUCUCCCUCCAUCCUUCUUUUUGUCCCCAGGGUAAGAUCACGGCACAGGGGAAGCUGCUACAGCAGGACACCUUCACAGUGAUGGAACAGGACAGCAGCUUCCUGUCCCGAGCCAAGGAGAGGCGGGUCUUCCUGUUUGAACAGCUGGUCAUCUUCAGCGAGCCAAUCGACAGGAAGAAAGGGUUCUCACUUCCUGGUUACACCUUCAAGAGCAGCAUCAAGGUGGGUCUCUUCUCUUCUCUUCUUCUAAUUCUUAUUCUCUUCUCUUCUUCAAUUUCAGAUUAGAUUGAAUGUAGAAACUUCAAUAAAAGUUAGAAACAAAACAAUACAAUUUGACUGUUGUUAGCUACAUGGCUUCUCUUUCCCCAGGUAGUGAAUUGCAUAACCCAGUGUUUCCCAAACAGUUAGUGAGUGCAUACAUUUUCAUACUGUAUAGGGGUAAGGUGACUAGGCAAAAGGAUAUAAGAUAAAAAGAGUAGCAGCAGCUUGUAUGUGAGUCGGUGUGCGUGUGUGUAGAGUCAGUAUAAAUGUAUGUCAGUGGAGGCUCCUUAGAGGAGGAAGGGAAGGACCAUCCUCCUCAGUGAAUUUCAUAAAAAUAAAAAUAGUGAAACAUUAAAAAAGUUAUCCUUUUUAGAUAAAACUUUACUAAAUAUAUUCACGUCACCAAAUAAUUGAUUAAAACACACUAUUUUGCAAUGAAGGUCUACAGUAGCCUCAACAGCACUAUGUAGGGUAGCACCAUGGUGUAGCCGAAGGACAGUUAGCUUCCGUCCUCCUCUUGGUACAAUGACUUCAAUGCAAAACCUAGGAGGCUCAUGGUUCUCACUCCCUUCCAUAGACUUACACAGUAAUUAUGACAACUUCCGGAGGACGUCCUCCAACCUAUCAGAGCUCUUGCAGCAUGAACUGACAUGUAGUCCACCCAAUCAAAGGAUCAGAGAAUUAAUCUAGUAGUGAAAACAUAAGCUACAGCUAGCUAGCACAGCAGUGUAUAAAAUGUGGUGAGUAGUUGACUGAAAGAGAGAGAAAGAAAUUGAAAUUAGUUUAUUCAAAAAUUAAGGAGAAGCGAGAGAGAGAGAGAUAUUUCAAUGCAAGGGCGCAGACCCCCGUCUUUCUUCUUCACGAAAAAGAACCCCCUCAUGGGAUGAAUCAUUCAGCUUUUACAAAACUGUUUUCCUCUGGUUUGUGGGCCUAUUUAGAAUCUGAAGCUGUUAUUAACUGCAUUACAUAUUUAAGCAAUAAGGCCUGAGGAGUUGUGGUAUAUGGCCAAUAUACCACGGCUAAGGGCUGUUCUUAUGCUGUUCUCUUCUCUUCUCCUCUUCUAAUUCUUAUUAUAUUCUCUUCUUCAAUGUCAGAUUAGAUUGAAUGUAGAAACUUCAAUAAAAGUUAGAAACAAAACAAUACAAUUUGACUGUUGUUAGCUACAUGGCUUCUCUUGCCCCAGGUAGUGAAUUGCAUAACCCAGCGUUUCCCAAACUCAGUCCUGAGGAACCAAAGGGGUUUACGUUUAGUUUUUUCCCCCUAGCACUACACAGCUGAUUCCAAUAAUCAAAGCUUGAUGAAGAGUUCAUUUUUUGAAUCAGCUGUGUAGGGCUAGAACCAAAACAUGCACCCCUUGGGGUCCCCAGGACCGAGUUUGGGCAACGCUGGCAUAACCAGUCAGUGUAAACAAACAAAAUGUUUGUCCAAAUCUAACGUUGUGUGCAAGUUACAUAACCACCAGCAGUCCGAGACACAUGGACAGGGUUGUGAGUGCUCUUGGAAGUCUCUGAAGCAUCCGUGUCUGUUCUUUGUUCAGUUGGUGUUGGUGAGGUAUUUAAUGACUUGCUCUCCUCCACCAGAUGGUGGUCAGAUGUGGUCUGUCCAGGUGGAUGGAACGUUACAGGAAUGUUCAGAUAGAAAUGUAUCACGUAGAUCAGAUAUGAUUGGAAUAGGUAAUCGUGUCAACUCUAUUAAUCCUAUCAGCAAUGUUCAGAAUGUUCACUCAAUACUAAGGCUGCUUUCCCAAAAUUCCCAGGUUUUCCAGAAAUUCUGGUUGGAGGAUUCACGGAUUCCUUCCUUUUUCCGGAAAAUCUUCCAACCAGGAUUUCUGGAAAACCUGGGAAUUUUGGUUAAGUAACCAGAAUUGUGCAACCCUACUGCAUACACGUGCGGUGUGUUCCAGGUGAGCUGUCUGGGGGUGGAGGAUCCAGUGGAGGGGGAGGCGGACCGCCUGGUGCUGACAUCACGAGGAACUGAUGGAAGCAUGGUGCGCUACGUGCUGCAGGCCACCUCCCCAGAGGUCUGCAGGGCCUGGGUCGAUGAUGUGGGACAGAUCUUGGAGACCCAAAGGAACUUUCUCAACGGUAGGAUGGAAAAACACAACGGCUUUACUUUCAGGAUUCAUAUCUAGACCCCCAUGCUGCCAACGUGCUCAAUGGUAGGGCUGGAGACCCAGAUAGACAAAACCUAAACAGUAAACAACCACUUACCGUUAUUCAUGUCUGGCCCUUCUGCUUGAGCUUAACUUCCUCCAAUGGUACGAUUGGAGACAUACUGAUGGCAAAACAAUCCUUUACCAGUCACAUGUCUGAUGUUUAGGCCUUUUAGCUUUGGUCUCUCUUGCUUCUUAUGCAAUGUGAGCACUGAGCAGUAAUGUUAGCCAAAAGCAGUUCAGUACCAAGUUCACUUACACACAACAUGAAACUACAAUGACCAAUACUCAUAAAAAAACACUUUCAAAAUAAAAAUGUGCCUGGUCUAAAUCCUCUCUCCGUCUUGUGCCAUCCAUUCAUCCAGCCCUCCAGUCUCCCAUUGAGUACCAGCGGAGGGAGAGUAACAGCAAGUCCAACAGCAUGGGCCGGAGCAUGAGAGCCCCCCUGUCUGCGGCCACCGGCCCCCUGCGCCCCCACUCUUCGGCCUCCAUUGACCGCCAGCGCCUGCCCUGCCUCCUGUCUUACAACACCUCCCUCCCCACCCUCUACCUGCCCAGCCAGGGCGGUCAGGUAACCUGCCCCCAGGGACCUGGUGAGACACACUCACCCCAGGAGGUAAGGUCACACAUGCAAACUGUACACACACACACUGCCGGCGGUAAGGGGUCCAGUCACACACACAGACGGCAGACGCAAGCAAGCACACACACACACACACACACACACAGAGACACACACACACCUCAGUGACCUACAGUUGUCAGACACAUUGCUUCUGUUUGACCAAAAACAAGGAGACGCUGCUGUCCCCGUUUAGCUCGCUGGACUGGAAUGGGCUCUGGCCAAGCCUGACCGAGUGUACACAUCCACACUACAGACUAUAUCACAUAGACCACAACAUCCACACUACAGACUACAUUACAUAGACCACAACAUCCACACUACAGACUACAUUACAUAGACCACAACAUCCACACUACAGACUAUAUCACAUAGACCACAACAUCCACACUACAGACUACAUUACAUAGACCACAACAUUCACACUACAGACUAUAUCACAUAGACCACAACAUCCACACUACAGACUACAUUACAUAGACCACAACAUUCACACUACAAACUACAUUACAUAGACCACAACAUCCACACUACAGACUAUAUCACAUAGACCACAACAUCCACACUACAUACUAUAUCACAUAGACCACAACAUCCACACUACAGACUACAUGUCAUCCUUUAAUUAAUAUCCUAAUCUGAAAAUCUGAAAUAAUUUGAGAUCUCAUGCAACGAUAAAGAUUAACAAUAAUUUGUUUGCUCUCAGCUCUCAGUAUGCGAUGUUUAGAUGUGUUGUGUUGUGUGUGUGUGUUCGCAGUCUCCUCUGGUCAGUAGGAACUCCCAGGCAACAGUCUGUCAGUCUCACAUCCAGCUAGCCUUCACCGACCAGUCUGGCCUGUCUCACUACUCCAGGACCCACCCCCUGCAGUGCCAAGCUGUUUCCAAUGGGCUGUACAGCACACAGGUAUACGCACAUACACACACACACACACACACAUGCAAGCGCACAGAUGCACGUGCACACACACACGUGUACACGCACAGACUAGGGUUGAAUGGCGGAAACCCGGUUACCGAGAUUUACCGGGAUUUACCGCCUAAAAUCACUCCCUUUUCCCAGGAUAAGAAACCAGUAAAUUAGAAAAAAUUAUUUAUAUGAACAGCAUUGGGUGAAAUGGAACUGCUAAAUUAUAUGCAAUGUUUAAAUCUGUCUUCUCUAUGGCCUCUGCAUGAUGAAUCAAUGCUCAGGGUGGGGACAGACAGCCUAUCUCAGUAUGGAGCGCAGUUCACAAUGCAUAUAGACCUAUCAUCUCAUCAUGGUAACUGUUGUACUUGUGACAGGUAGGCCUGUAUUUGUUGCAGCAUAGUCUAUCGCUAUAGUAAUAUAAAGACCGAAUGCAGGUCUAAUUUACCCAUCUCCAUCUGCCUAUUAAUAUCGUUGCUUUAAAUCAGUGCACGAGCGAGCACUCUCUCGCAGUCUUUCUCUCUCCACCAACUCCAUUCAAAUUGCAUCCAAAAUAGAUAAUCCUGUUCUAGAUUGAUAUAUAGCCCUAUAUAUAGAUGACCUAGCCUACCUCUUUCAGGUAAUACAUUAAAUGUAGUAGUAGCCUUAUAUUUAGCUAAUUAAUUAUGGGUUAUGCAUAAUAGCUUCUAACUUAUAGCCUCUGUCUCUUGCGCAAUGCGCACACACCUGUGCUCCGCUGGCCUCUCUCCUUAAAAAACACUCCUUAGCUCUCGGAGUCCCAUGCAGGAAAAGCUAGACUGUAAUUUUUGGGGGUUCAUUUCUUAUACCAAUAGAUUAUUAGAAGAGGGACGCACGCUCUUGUUUGCUGAGUGUUCAAUAAAGCAGCCAACAGAAGUUAGAACUCAUGGGUAGUUUGAAAGAAGAGCGAACACACGAUGGUGGUAGGCUAUAGCAGUUACUUAUUCAGACCCAUAACCAUUCAAUCUUCGUGAAGAGAAGUGAAAGCCUUCUGCAUCUAAUUCUAGUCUGAUAUUAUUCAAGGUUGUCAUUAGAAUGACAAAGAUAAGGACAACAAAACAUAUUUAAUUUAACUGUUGAAAGCGAGGAAGGAAUGAAGCAACAAUAUAGAGAGAAAGAGGAGGUAGGCUAAUAACAUUAGGGGAAAUAUUAUGAAAGGUAUAUAUGCAUCAACCUACUUAUUAUACAUAUAGGCCCUAUUAUAUUUCAAAAUGUAAAUCAAAUUCGCUAGCCUAUACUUGUAACUUUGUAGGCCGCAUGUGCUGCACCAGAAUCGCAUGUUCUCUCCCUGCUUUAUCAUGGUUUGAACGAUGUGAGUAAUUCCAGUCCAUAUAAUACAAUACAGUACAGUAAUACAGUUCACACUCAAAAAGAUUAGCCUACUGGAGCUAGUUUCAUUUAUUUAUCCAAGAGAGCAUCGCUAGACCUAUAUAUAUAUAUAUACACUGCUCAAAAAAAUAAAGGGAACACUAAAAUAACAUGAAUGAAUGAAAUAAUGAACCUGCUUUCAUCUGUGAAGAGCACAGGGCGCCAGUGGCGAAUUUGCCAAUCUUGGUGUUCUCUGGCAAAUGCCAAACGUCCUGCACGGUGUUGGGCUGUAAGCACAACCCCCACCUGUGGACGUCGGGCCCUUAUACCACCCUCAUGUAGUCUGUUUCUGACCGUUUGAGCAGACACAUGCACAUUUGUGGCCUGCUGGAGGUCAUUUUGCAGGGCUCCUCCUGCUCCUCCUUGCACAAAGGCGGAGGUAGCAGUCCUGCUGCUGGGUUGUUGCCCUCCUACGGCCUCCUCCACGUCUCCUGAUGUACUGGCCUGUCUCCUGGUAGCGCCUCCAUGCUCUGGACACUACGCUGACAGACACAGCAAACCUUCUUGCCACAGCUCGUAUUGAUGUGCCAUGCUGGAAGAGCUGCACUACCUGAGACACUUGUGUGGGUUGUAGACUCCGUCUCAUGCUACCACUAGAGUGAAAGCACUGCCAGCAUUCAAAAGUGACCAAAACAUCAGCCAGGAAGCAUAGGAACUGAGAAGUGGUCUGUGGUCACCACCUGCAAAACCAGUCCUUUAUUGGGGGUGUCUUGCUAAUUGCCUAUAAUUUCCACCUGUUGUCUAUUCCAUUUGCACAACAGCAUGCUUCCUAAGUGGACAGUUUGAUUUCACAGAAGUGUGAUUGACUUGGAGUUACAUUGUGUUGUUUAAGUGUUCCCUUUAUUUUUUUGAGCAGUGUAUAUAUAUGGGCUUUUCUGUUUUUCUGUCAUGCAUAAUGUGCAGUAGCCUAUAUCAUAUAUAUAUUGGAUAACGGCACAAUCAUUUGGGCUUUUUUGGGCUUGGCCUCAUUAAAUGUCUUUAACGUAGGGCUCAUUAAAUGUCUUUAACGUAGGGCUCAUAAAAUGUCUUUAAUGUAGGGCUCAUUAAAUGUCUUUAAUGUAGGGCUCAUUAAAUGUCUUUAACGUAGGGCUCAUAAAAUGUCUUUAAUGUAGGGCUCAUUAAAUGUCUUUAACGUAGGGCUCAUUAAAUGUCUUUAACGUAGGGCUCAUUAAAUGUCUUUAACGUAGGGCUCAUUAAAUGUCUUUAACGUAGGGCUCAUAAAAUGUCUUUAAUGUAUGGCCCAUCAGGCUCAGGUAGCAUCAGGCUUGAAUUUUCGAUCAAAACUCUAAUCAAAUCCAGACACAGGCCUAUUUAUAUGCUUUAUAAUGCUUUUGAAUGACACUUCCGGUUUUGGCGGGAAAUACCAGGUUACCUGAUUUAUUCUCGGGAUGGAACAUUUGUAAAAUACCAGGAAAAUAUUCAACCCUAGUACAGAGGCAUGCACACACACACACAGCACGCACCAUACACCCAGAGAAAUACACAAAUGCAAGGAUACAAAACCAGAGGCCAGUUACUUUUCCUAGAACCUAUUCCCCUGCUUCAUUAUGGGAAAGCAUGCAUGCUGAAAUGUAAUUAUAUAUUUUACACAUCAGUACAUUUCUAUCUGCUUUCUAGUUUUAUUGUACGUAUUAUAUCACCCAUGGCAAGAACAUUUAUAUAAAUAAUAAAUAAUGGUUCAUUGUAGGAGGUAUAAUUAUAUAAUUCUUAUAUGCUCAUUUACGUUCAUUAAAAUAUGAAAGGCUUCAGUAAAUGCUAACCAUUUGUACAGGAAUAGAGGAGCAAUUCAAAGAGAAGGAAUCUGCAUCAAAAUGAGAGGUAGGCUACUACUCCCCCUGUUGGCCAGAAACAGAAAACGGAAUUAUUCUUCAGAAUGAAAGAGCAUUGGGAAUACUGUAGAGGAGUUUUGUCUGAAACAAUAUGAAGAACCACAAAUUGGAGGGAUUUUACAUAUAAAAUAAGAUUUGAAAAGUGGUAACCAACAGGUGUGUUGCUGUACACGAAUUGCUCUAUUUAGCCACAACUCAUCAUCAUGAUCAUCAUCCAUCUCUCCUUUCAGACUGGGGAACAAUAAAGCUAGCUAGCUAGGUAUCCUGUUGUUGACCUCUGUUGAGUGUCUCAGACCAACCAUAAACUACACAACCCUCUGUCUUCACUAAUAUAGACCAUCUCUGCUUGUACUUAGUGAGUGGUGCCGACAGACUAACAUUUGUUCUGACUAGCUGGUUUGCUGUUCUAUGUAUUUGCUCAGGCUGCAUGGGGCCUAUGGGUACAUAACAAACAGGAAAGAGGCUGACCCAGAGAAGGAAGUCCGAAAGUCAAAGAUGCCUAUCAAUGGCCUAAUUGUUCUCUCUCUCUCUCAACACAUUGUGUUGUUGUGACUGAUAUUGUUAACGGAAAAAACAAACCACAAAUGGCUGUUGCUGAUAUAGUAGCUCACUUGCUAAGCAUCUUCAUUCUUUAACAUUUCCCCUAAAUUCCCCCUGAAAAUAUUUUCUGACAUCUAGAUUUCUACCCAGAGUUAUUCACAAUGGCUAUAGUGAGGCAUGUGUCUCUAUUCGAGAAAAGAAAAAAAAAACAGUGAAUUAGUACUAGUUAUUUAGGUUACAUUUUAUUCAAUCUAUCAACAUUUCAAGUUAUAAACAUAUUUUAAUCCUCCUCUCCUCCUCUCCCCCAGCAGAGAGCAGGAGAGGGCUGCCGUGGCAGAGGGCUGCCUGCUGAGGCUGGACCUCCUCCUGUAUCCAUCCCUGGUCCCUCGGCAGGCCGGCGCUCCAGCAACCUGGCCCAGCUCAAUGAAGAUGACCUAUGAACCGUGA